AACGACUAGUUUACCAAAAUCACUGAAAUUUGAUCGGGACUUCAACUUGACUCAACCCUCUCGCUCAACUAAAGAUCCAAACUUUCGUCAACUCUACUCAAGGAACUCUCUCUUCAUCUCGCAAGAUCCAAACUUUCAACUUGUCGGGAUUAAAAUUUAACUGAAAUCUUGGGAACAAGAUACAAAGUACAAACCAGUUUCAGGUUAGUAUUCACUUGUAUUGUACCCGCCAAACUGCAAGGUUUAGUUUCAUUAUGAUAUUUUGAUGAUUUAAUUGCGCGGUAAAGUUUUGUGGGUGAGAGUCAAAACUGCAACCUAGAUUUUCUAUAUUGUGCUAAGAGUAUUUGGGUGUUGGAGUUUUGUGGCUUUUAGGUGGUGGGUAGGUUAGAGAUUUUGGAAUUAUGAAUUGUGUAUUGUUGGUUAUUUUUGGUUGUGUUGUGUAUGGAUCAUUUGUUUAUGGGUUCAGUGGUGAAUACUUCCAAGAUGUGAGCACCGUCGCCACCGAGUAUAAAACUGAAAGUUUGACCUACAACUAUGAUAGGAUUGAUGAAGUGAAGAAGAAAUGUGGUUUUGUUCUAUCCUCUGCUAGUGAAUUGAAGCUUGAUGAUAGCAGGUUUUAUAGUAUCAAAGAUGAUCUCAAUGUAGAGAGUGGUGAUUGGGAGCAAGAGGUGAGUGAUGCCCCAAUCAUGCCAUUUGAUGAUAGAGACAUCCCAAAGAAUUCGUCACGAACCCCUUUGAAACUGGUUUCUUUCUGGGUUACAGAUGUUGAUCUUAAGCAUCGUUCAAAGAAAUUUGUUAGUGUAAGUGGGGACAUGCUUAUUGGUAUAACACUAGAUUAUUCGUUUUCUGAUAAACCUUAUGAUGGGGGAGGCCCUCAAUUUCAGAUAUGGCCUAAUCAUACUCAAAUUUCGAUGUCAUUUCAAGGGAUAUAUACUGAAACGAAGAAAAAUGGUGGUGAAAGGGUUUUAUGUUUGUUGGGAACUGCAAUGUUACCGUCUAGGGAGUCUGAUUCAAAUAAUCCAUGGGAAUGGAUGAAGGGCUCUGAUCAGAACUAUUACCAGCCACCACUUUUGCAAGAUGAUCAAAUUUUGCUUGUGCUUAAUUCCCCUAUGACUUUCACGCUUACAAAUAGGGUAAUACGAGGAGAGAUGAGCAGUUUAAACCCAAAGUCAAAUCAGAAGUACUUCGACAAAAUUCACAUUUUGUCCCAUUUUGGCAGGUCAGCACACUACGAGUUUGGUGCUGAGAAGAUUGUUUCAGAGGCAUGUAACCCGUAUCCAUUCCAAGAUAGCUUCUUGAAGAGCGGCAUUGAUAUCUAUAAAGGGAGCGGUGGGUUUUGUGAAGUUUUAGGAGCUUUUGGUAGCACAGGAAUUCUCACCAUUGUGCCAAACUGGAAAUGCAAUGGCACAGACAGUUUUUGUCGUAAGCUGGGACCAUUUGGUUCAGACAAAGCAAUUCAAGCAACAGAUGGAAGCUUUAAAGAUGUCACAAUUUUAAUUCAGAAUCUUAGGUGUCAACAAACAAAUGGAAAGAGAAAUGCCAGCUCAGCAAAGGUUGCUGCAGUAUUUCGAGCUGUCCCUCCAUUGGAAAAUAGGCAUAAUGCUGCAUGGAGAUAUGGAGUUAGCAACUUGACCAUUGCUGCCGAGGGACUUUGGAAGUCUUCAAGUGGGCAGCUCUGCAUGUUUGGUUGUCGUGGACUAGUUGAUGCAGAAGGGACUAGCUGUGAUACUCGAAUCUGUUUGUACAUUCCUAUGUCAUUUUCCAUUAGGCAACGAAGCAUAAUUGUUGGCAGUUUUUCCAGCAGUAAUAACAGCACAUCAUAUUUUCCUUUAUCUUUUGAAAAGCUUGUUGAGCCGACAGAGUUGUUGAGUUAUUUCAGAACUGUCACUCCACAGUACAGUUACUCAAAAAUAGAUGCAGCUGCUGUUGUCCUUGAAAAGAACGAACCUUUCAGUUUUCGAACAGUCAUCAAGAAAUCCUUGCUUCGCUUCCCCAAAUUGGAAGACUCAGAGGCAUUUUUAUCUAGUCUUUCUCUUCUUUCAGAAGAUCUGACUCUUCACAUUUCUGCAUUUCCAGAUCCACUUCCCAAAACACGUCUCCAGAGAAUUGAAAUCCAGAUGGAUAUUCUCACACUUGGCCCCCUGUUUGGGCGCUACUGGUCUUCAAGUAAUUUUACCAACGAUGAAGAGACUCCUUACCACGCUAAAGCAGAAUAUACUGAAAAGCAGCUUCUUUUGAAUGUAUCAGCUCAACUCUCAAUUAUUGGAAUAUCUUAUAGCAAUUUCUCUGCGAUCUUUUUGGAGGGCCUUUAUGAUCCACAUGUUGGAAAGAUGUAUCUUGUUGGUUGCAGGGAUGUCCGAGCCUCCUGGAACAUUCUAUUUGAGAGUAUGGAUCUUGAAUCUGGUUUAGAUUGUUUAAUUGAAGUGGUGGUGUCAUACCCACCUUCUACAUCUCGGUGGUUGGUCAAUCCAACAGCUACCAUUUCCAUUUCCAGCCAAAGGAAUGAUGAUGACCCCCUCCAUUUUAGCACAGUUAAGCUACAAACUCUACCUAUAAUAUACAGGAAGCAGAGGGAAGACAUUCUUUCUCACAGGGGGGUUGAGGGAAUUCUCCGGAUUUUGACACUCUCAUUUGCAAUUGCUUGCAUUUUAAGUCAGUUGUUUUACAUCAAGCAUAAUUUGGAUUCUGUUCCACUCAUGUCCCUUGUCAUGCUUGGUGUUCAAGCUCUCGGCUAUAGUCUUCCUCUGAUCACAGGAGCAGAAGCUCUCUUUGAUAGACCGGCUUCUCAAUCUUCUUAUCAAAUGGAGUCUUACAACAUUGAGAAGAGUCAGUGGUUCCUUGUGAUGGAUUACAUCGUAAAGAUCCUCGUAAUGGCAUCAUUUUUACUAACUCUCAGACUCAUUCAAAAGGUGUGGAGAUCACGUUUCAGAUUACUUUCACGGGCUCCUCUUGAACCUCACCGUGUUCCGAGUGACAAGCCAGUGCUUCUUACUACCUUGACAAUACAUGUGAUUGGGUAUAUACUUAUUCUUAUUAUUCAUUCUGUAAAAAAUCGUGAGACAUCUGAGAAGUUUAGAUAUUCAAGAGGUAGUUCCCACACACAUCCACAGUGGGAAACUGAGCUGGAGGAGUAUGUGGGUCUAGUUCAAGAUUUUUUCUUGCUCCCUCAAGUUAUUGGUAAUCUUUUGUGGCGGCUUGAUUGUAAGCCACUAAGGAAACUAUAUUUCAUCGGAAUCACAGUGGUCAGGCUUCUCCCUCAUGUAUAUGAUUACAUACGAUCUCCUAUUCCUAACCCUUACUUUGCUGAGAAAAAUGAGUUUGUGAAUCCUAGUUUGGAUUUUUACUCCAAAUUUGGGGAUAUCGCCAUACCUGUAACUGCAGUUUUCCUUGCAGUUAUAGUCUAUAUUCAGCAGAGGUGGGAUCAUGAGAAGCUCAGCCAGAUUCUUACUUUCAGGCAAUAUAAGCUUCUCCCUUCUGGAUCCAGAGUUUAUGAGAGGAUACCUUCCAAGUCUGUCGAGGCUGAGCUUGCCUCUGGCGUCAACAGGAAUGCCUCACACGAGCAGGAACAUGAUGACGAUGAUGAUGAAUAGCGGUCCUUUCUGUUCAACAUUAGUGCAGGAUAGAGUUGUUGUAAACAUACAUUAAAGUGGCUUCAUUUUGGUGGUUUUUCAUGUAUGGGAUUGUUGUCUUCUGUGCACUGAAGCCUGAAGGUAUAAACUUUGUUUAUCCUUCAUUAUGUUAAUCUAUCUGAUUUGAUGUGUAAAACAUUGUGACAUUUUUAAUGGUCCCACUAAACUCUUUAAAUUGGAGCUAAAAGUUCUUGUUAUAUGAAGAUUAUAGCGGGUUGAUCUUU